AUGCAAAAGGUAAUUCAACGGACGACUCUUGCCCGCAACCAAGCGGCGCGCAAGGCACGCAUCCUCAAGGAAAAACAAGAGCGUCUCGAUGUCGUGAAAUUCUUCCGAGAACGCGACGAACAUCAGCGCCGCCAGAUCGAUACGCACUUAGCAGCUGUGAAAGCACGCCAUGAAGAUUGGUUUAAGGGUCCUCUUGCACCGCAGCGAGACUCUGGUGUAAACGCCGGAACUUAUGGAGCACUCGAUGCGCAAGACACAUUUAUGCCUAGAAUUCCGAAACAUCUACGCAGACAGUUCAUUAACAUUGCUCCGGGGGAUCGAGUCGUUCUCUUGGCUGGACCUGACCAGGGUAAAAUAUGUGAAGUCAAUACGGUUGAUAAGGAGUCGGAGAGUCUCACCGUAAAAGAUCGUUGUCAGGCGGCCUUCCGGACUCCCGAAUACAUGAAAGAUGAGAAUGUUGCCGAUCUCAUGACUAAUCCUGUACCGAUCCCCAUCGACGAUGUCCGUCUGGUCUGUACCCUUGAAGACAAUGGUCAGCAAUACGAGGUGGUCGCCAAACAUGUACAUGGCUCAGGUCCAUUCCUUACUCGAUCAAAUACCAGCACUCCACGACAUACCAGAUACAUCUCCGGAGAGAACAUACGCAUCCCCUGGCCCGAAGAGAACAAGGUUGACACAUUAACCGACGAAGACGGAGACACUUCACGCAAGGAAGUGGAAUACGAAACAUGGACACCGUCACUCAGCGCCAUGCCUUUUAAGCCCUCAGUCAUGGAUGAAAUCAGAAACAAAUACUCCAAAUACCGAACACGACACGACCCUGCAUGGCUUGAGGCUAAGAAGCUGGAGGAUCUCCGUGAGGAGUUCCUCAAAUCGAGGAAGUUGUUGACGCCGGCCGGUGAAUACAAGGCCAGGCUUGCGGAAGAGAAGGCUGCCAUCAGACAGUCGAAGAAGGACGAGAAUGGCAAUUAUAUCAUGGACCAGACUACAUCGGACUUUAUCUCCCGUUUUAUCAACAUGGCUAGUCAUCUGCUUGCCGCCAAGGAUAGCAAACCGUCAAUCACUUUAGUCAAACCAUACAAAACCGUGCUGGUCACACCUGCCAAAGUACCAAUCAUGGCUUUUGCAGCAAUCAACAACUCGUCACGAAACUCGUCAACUAUACCGAUUGUAAAUCAACAAUCUCCGGCGACAGUGAAUUACGCAGUUAUCGACAAUGCUUUUGCGGCGGAUUUGUCGCUAAGGAAACGCGUCUACGAGGCGAUUUCUGCUUCUCCUCAACACGGAGCGCUAUUCCAGGAUAUCGCACAAUACACAUCAAGACUACUACAAUCACAAUCGUCGCAGCAACAGCAGCUCGCUAAAGCUGUAUCCGAAGAACCGGCGAUCAAGAAGCGCAAGUUAGAAGGAAACAAUGGCGUUAGCGGCGCAUCACCAGCUACGAGUGUUCAUGAUCUCAAGGCAGAUAGUCCGCUACAAUUCUACGUGCAGGAUGUAUCUUUUGCAGUACCUCAGAGGAAGAAAUUGACGCUGGAAAUGACAGCCGCAGGCGGCUAUCUUCGUGCAAGGAAUCAGACGUCGAAGGAGGUUGAGUUCGGGAUUCCGGUGAAAGAGAUUCAGCACAUACUAUGCCUCCCCGUCCCCGAGAAAGCCCAACGCCAGACAAACUUCUGCAUCAUCCCGAGAUGCGGUGACGGCGUGACACCGGUUCCGGACGGCGCAUUGGUUCCAGAUCAGAUGGUAUUCACCAUCGCCGAUGGUCCUGCAAAAGCCGCUUUUACGGGUGCCGGUCAACGUGUGGAAAGCGACGAAAAUGGAGAGGCUCUUUUAAGAGGCUGGCUCAACGAUGCUAUUGGCCAUACAAAAGUCAUUCGUCCUGAUGACCGGGAAUUUGUAAGUGCGACACCGGAAGCGCAUCGCAAGGGAGAAAAGGCAUGUCAUGUCAAAGCGCAUAGGGGUAGUAAAGAUGGAUAUCUAUUCUUCUUGUCUACCGGCAUACUCUUCGGCUUCAAGAAACCGCUGGUAUUCUUCUCGUUCGACAACAUCGAGUCUGUAUCAUACACCUCCGUUCUCCAGCGAACCUUCAACCUCAAUAUUACCACCAGAGUAGACGAGGAACAAGAACCGCAAGAGUUUGAGUUUUCCAUGAUUGACCAGGCGGAUUAUGCCGGUAUCGAUGCCUACAUUAAGAAUCAUCAACUACAAGAUGCGAGUCUUGCAGAAGCCAGACGGGCCAAGAAGUACAACGUCAAUGGCGGCAAGGCUGCCGGCGCUGAUGGAGAACAGAAUGGAGAGGAAGCCACAGCUGCGGAUGGAGAAGAGGAGGAAGAGAGCGAACUACAGAAAGCGCAGCGCGAGUUGGAGGACCAGGAGGAUGAGGAAGAGGAAGAUUAUGAUCCGGGAAGUGAGGGGGACAGUGAAGGCAGUGGAUCGAGCAGUGAGGAAGAGGAUGAGGAUGAAGAUGGGGGUGGAGAUGAUGAUGAAGACGAGGAGGAUGAGGACGGUGAUAUCGAUCUCGUCAAGCAAGAACUUGGUAGUGAAGUUGAGGAUGUUGAUGAGGAGUAA